AUGCCCACACUUCCUGCUCGUAACCCUUGGAUUCUGAUUUAAUUUGAUAUCGCAUUAGUUAACCAAAUUGUCCGGUUUGCGUGUUUGUGACGCGCACCGUUCGCGCUCAGACACCGGUAUAGCCAGUUGCUAAUCGAGCGCUGUGUACACAACUUGUGUCAAUAAAGAAAUCAACCAUGUCUGUGCGUCGUUUUACAAGGAAAGAGAUUGAAUCUCGUAACCACCGCGGCGAUGCAGCGAUCAUCAUAGACAAUGUAGUCUACGAUGUGACGGGUUUUCUUGAGGACCACCCAGGCGGUGCGGAAGUGUUGUUGGAUAACGCAGGAACUGAUGCGACGAAAUGUUUCCGCGAUGUGGGGCACAGUGAUGAUGCUCACGCGUGGCGUGAGCAGUACGUUAUGGGGGAGGUAGUGGAGGAGGAGAAAUGGCCGGUGGAGCCUCGAGACAAGCAGCUGGAUACAACGAGGGAGCCCCUUUCAUUUGGAGCGUUAGUCGGAGUGGCGUUGCCCCCUAUUGGUCUUGCGAUCGUGUCUGCGGUUCUAUACUUCUACCUCUUUGGGUAGAGAAUAAGUAGAUUCUGCGUCGAGGAAGUGUUGUGCAAGUGGUGUGAUGUUGUGAUAUAAUUUAAGAUAGUUAUAAAAUACUCUAGCCGCUCAGUCAAAAAAUAUGUUUUGUGAAAAUAUGCUACCUAAGUACAAUGGACGGUAAACUUUUUUAAGGCCUCUAGGCGGCUAGAGAUUAGUGUUCCACGCUUAUUUGUUUCAGCAAAACUUACAGCGAUCUUUCAGUGAAUAUCUACUUUUUGACCACAAUUUGCAGACAAGCGCUUUAUUUCAAGGGUUGGAGCCACUGUUAUACUGUUAAUAGUUACUGUUAGUUAAUUGGUUUAGGUACGAGAACAGAAACAUACUAAUGAUUUGUACUUUUGUACUCAUCAUUGUAAAUAUUUUGUAUUUUCAAAUACAUACUCAGAGUGCAUCUUGUACCCCGUUAUUUGAUCUAGCGAUGGACCAUUUCUUAGUGACAACAUUUUUCACAUUGUCACAGUGAAAAGUUGCCACCAGGUGGCUAUUUCACCAUAGUGACAUUGACGAUUCUAUGCCAAUUUCUGUGUCGAUAAGUAACAUUGUUACUCAGCGUCAAUAUAUCCUUGUUGAACAGGGAAUGAACGGCGAAGUGUCACUACUGUCACUGUCGAGCGACAAUUGACACUUGUGAAAAGGCAAGCCAUCUCUUUAUUGUACAUUAUUUAUUACCAUGCCAUGCCUGUCACGUUCAAACCGGGUACGACGUACGACACACGAUAGGUGAUAAAAAUGCGACCAUGCUGCCGCUGAUGCCAGAAGUUUUUGAAUUGUAAGAAAAACUUGGUAAAUUAUACAGAGUGGGGCCUGUAACAAAGGCGAAGAAUUGAACUGUAGGCUAUUCUCCUUAUACUGAUCAAAGUUUGUUCGGCGACUUUUAAAAAUAACUUGUAUUUUGAUUUUUAUCACCCUUGA